UGCUCGGGGCACGGGACAUGCCAAGGAGACGGGAGCUGCGCCUGCGAGGGCGGGUGGGGAGGAGAGCGGUGCAGCAUGUGCACGGGAGGGUACGGGGAGCAGUGCGAGGUACGGUGCGAGGAGGACAAGGACUGCUCGGGGCACGGGCGGUGUCAGGAGGAUGGGAGCUGCGAGUGCAAGCAGGGAUAUACUGGUUUGGAUUGUGGAGUUUGCGCAAAUGGUUUCGUUGGAGCGUAUUGUGAUGUCAUGUGUGACCCUGUUUUGAAUUGUUCUGGUCAUGGAUCGUGUGACUUUGAUGGAUCCUGCACCUGCAAUGAAAAUUUCACUGGGCAGCGCUGCGAUGUUUGUGAUUUGAACCUUUUUGGUUCAUCAUGCGAUGUAUUCUGUGACUCGACACACACAUGUUCAGGGCAUGGAACCUGUUUGUUUGAUGGAUCAUGCCAAUGCGAAGGCAACUUUAUUGGGCAGACCUGUCAA